AUGACUCCCUUCAAAGCCCUAUAUGGAAGGGAUCCACCCACUCUCCUCAAAUUUAUAGAUUACCCUUCCUCUAUGGAAGAAGUCAACCAACAAAUGGCUGCACGAAAUUCAAUAUUGGAUGAGUUGAAGCAUAACUUGGCUGUUGCUCAAGAACAGAUGAAGGAAGCAGCUGACCUAGGUCGUCGGGAUGUUAGUUUUCAACCGGGAGACCAGGAGUAUUUGAAGCUCCAACCGUAUCAUUUCAAGUCCUUGGCCAAAAAACUGAAAGAAAAGCUAAGACCUAGGUUUUAUGGUCGCUUUCCCAUAAUAGAGAAGAUUGGGCAGGUUGCUUACAGGUUGGAGCUGCCGUCUACGGCAAAAAUUCAUCCAGUCUUUCACAUCUCUCAGCUUAAAUGA